AUGAAGGGAUUAAUUUUUCUGGCUCUUUCUUUUGGAGGAGCCCGCGCGCAGAAUACGCGACUCUCUUCUUUUCCUAGGGGCUUUGAUCGCGCCUGCCUGGCUAAACCCUGCGAUGAUGCGACUUUCUUCAAGUUCUUCCCCGUGGACUUUACCAGCGAAGACAAUACGAAUGUCAUGCUGCAUGCACAGUAUCAAGUUUGCGUCGACUUCAUCGAAAACCUCAAAGGUGGAUGCCCUGAAGUCACGAAAAUGAUCACCCAAUACCCUGAACUUGUCAAUGUCAUUAUCAGACUCUCUUCCAGCCCAGGAGUCAGUCAAUGCGGUUCCAAAAUGCAUUAG